AUGGCAGAGUCCAUCAAUGCCAACACGUUUUUCCAGCCCAACAACGAGCUUGGAGUCGCCAUUUGCCGGCGAUGCGAGUACGCCGUUAGACCCAGAGAGAUUAUUCGCCAUUUAACGAAGCCCAAGGGCGCGCAUGUUAUCCCCCACAGCGUCGCAGAAGAGGUACUUACACAGAUCGUGAAUACAUGGCCCAACGUCCGCGAUGAACCCACCAACUUACCACAGUCCGUUGGGAAGCUAAUUCCCGGGCUGACUAUCUACAAUGAUGGGAUCUUAUGUACGUUUUGCGGGUACGUUUGCCGUACAAUGGAGAGCAUCCGGAAGCACUGGCGGACCCAGCAUGGGUUUUCGCCAUAUGACCAUAGUCGGAAGCCCCGGCCAUCUGAAGUCCCAGCUGGCCAAGACGCCCGGGAUCAGGCGAUGCGACGCGUCGUGUGCCAGCGGGUUUUUUACCGGAGGCUUGGAUCGCAUUACAUUCACGUCCGACAACCCGGACCCAACUAUGAACCCGCACGCCCGCCACCCCAGGCUAAUGUGGUCAAUGAACUCAUCCAGCAGCUCGAACAGACGUACGUUGACUCGCAGGCCCCGGACGACCGUACGAUCCAGGCCGGCCCGCUCGAUGAGGCGAACCCGUGGCUCCGACGGACGCAGUGGGCCGUGUAUUUACAAGGCAUCCCCCCCCGCGAUAUACUACAGUCCAUCAAGACCCCCCCAGAGGACGCCCAGGGCCCAGAAGGGGCGAUGCGGGCCAUCUGGGACGCCAUAGACGGGGUCGCGCGGAUCAGCCAGCGCAUCACCAAGCAGACGGGCCAUCUGAUUCGUGUCGAGGCUGCUCGUACGGAGAAAGACCAGAGCCCGCACGAACCAUUACAGGCAUAUAUGGAUGAGGAGCAGAUCCAGCGGCAUGUCGAGCCGUGGCAGCAGAUCUUGAUGUUUUUCGCUCGCACCCAGGUUGAGCACGAUUGGCCGAGCCCGCCGUACCGAUUCACCCCCCGCCAGCGACGGGCAUGGCAGGCAUUAUGGCGGCAUGCGCAGGACACGCGUGGGAGCCCCGACCCAUUCGACCAUCCGAGCCAGACCCAGAGCCAGGGAGACGGUGGCGACGAUCCAUACCAGAUGACUCCGAUCCAGACCGCAUGUAUGGACUUUUGCAUUGAACUAUUGAACCAGCGGGCUAGCGCGGAAGAGUACGAAUGUGCCUUGAUAUGCGCAUUAGCCGUGCUUGGCCAGGGCCGUGAUCGAUGGCGCGACGCGGACAGUUAUCCCCCAAUUUUGUCCAAAACAAUCAAGAUCAGUCGAUUCAUGGUAUUACACAAGGCGUUGCGUUUGGAUCCGAAUGCCAAGCAGAUUUUACAAUACAUGCGUGACCGUCAUGAAGUAGGUAAGUAA